AAUUGCACCCUGCCUGUUCCAAUCGAUCCCCUGACAUUUGAAUCAAGGAGUUUCUGCGAGUCUGUCGGAGUUGGGAACACAACCCACUGCCUGCAGAGUGUACUUACUCCCUGCUGUGCAAAAUGUUGAGAUCACGUGACUCCCACGGACCGAGGCCCCCAUCCCGAUUGCUCCGCGUUGCUCAAGAAUUGCCUCGUGUUGUGAGGUCUUCCAUUAGCCCGUUCUGUUACUGGGUCAGCUUAUCUGUGGCUGAACACCUCACAGCUUCCACCGGUCACUCACUACGCAGGACCCUGCAAAGACAAAAACAAUAAGAAAAUAGGGAAAUCUAUUUCGGGGUUGGAUCGCAAUGUCGUCGGCAACUAUUACUUUGGUUGUUCAACCACGGGGCAAACCGAUCAAGGGUCUUCCCAGUGAACUCGAAAUCCCCGCCAAUGUCUCGACGGCUGGGAUCUACGACUCGCUCGCGCAAACCUCCGGCUUCUCCAUCCAUCGUCUGAGGAUCACCAAGGGAAGUGACCGCAGUGUUGUGCCCAAUUCGCGCAACACCAUUGUCGAUCACUUGGGAUUGAAGGACAAGAGCGUCAUCCAUGUUAAGGAUCUUGGCCCCCAGAUCAGCUGGCGCACUGUGUUCAUCAUCGAAUACCUUGGACCUCUGCUCAUUCCCAUCCUCUUCCUCUACCCUCUGCGAUCGCUCAUCUACUACAACUUCGACCAGCCUCUGCCCGAACGAUCCAGCCUCCAGCUCUUCGUCUGCGAGCUCCUGACGGUCCAUUUCCUGAAGCGUGAGUUCGAAACCGUCUACGUCCACCGCUUCAGCAAUGCCACCAUGCCGGCCCGCAACAUCGUCAAGAACAGCGCGCACUACUGGAUCCUAGCCGGCUUCAACAUCGCCUACUGGGUCUUCCGUCCCGACGCCGCCUCGAUGACGAGCCACCCUAACCCCGCCCUCUUCUACCCGGGUCUUGCGAUGUUCGUCUUUGGCGAACUGGCCAACUUCAACGCCCACUUGAUCCUGCGUGAUCUGCGUCGCCCCGGUUCCACGGAGCGCGGUAUUCCCGUCGGCUUCGGAUUCGAUCUCGUGACCUGCCCCAACUAUCUGUUCGAAGUGAUUGCCUGGCUGGGUGUUUACCUGGUCAGCGGGCUGAGCUGGAGUGUGCUGUUCUUCGUCCUGGUUGGCGGUGCGCAGAUGGUCAGCUGGGCUAAGAAGAAGGAGCGCCGCUACCGCAAGGAGUUUGGCGACAAGUACAAGAGCAAGAAGUUCGUCAUGUUCCCUGGCCUCAUUUAAAUGGCUAGCCAAAGAUAUCGGCGGGUGUGAACUUCUAGAAAUAGAGGUUGCACAUCUACUAAAACCGAAUUGGCCAUGUAUGGGCUUGCGAACGGGGCUACGGAUUGACCCCUGCGCUUGGUCCACAACUAGAGACAGCCAUUUCAAGUGUUGAGAUUGAUGGCGAGGUGUCAAUCUCCCUUACAAAACAAACACCUUUGCCAGACUCCUCGAUCUGACCAAAUCACGAGGUUAAACCGUCAACGCGCAACGCAAUUAAAAGAACGAGUGUUUUGUUUAUAACAUCUUAGCAAUAAUAGUAAUUGACGCACUCUUCAUUGAACAAAA